CUUGGGCAAGCCACCACACACAUGGCGUCCAGGAAACCGGAGAAGCGAAAGCAGCGGCGGACACGCGAGGACGAAGACGAAGACACAGAGGAAUACCAAGUUGGUACUGCUCUAUCUGCGUACAAGAAGCAGAAGGAGCAAAGCGCAAGUGGAGAUGCGGCAGAAAACGAGGUCGACGAAGAUCAACUGGCCAAAGAAGCGUUCGAAGAUCGGUUGCGCGCCAAGGAUGAAGAAUUUCGGAAUCGCCGCAAGAAGUACAAAGAAGAGACAUUGGAUGCCGACGAGAUUCGCGAAUUGGCGACGCGUGGGGCUGUAUCGGACAAACUACGUGACGAGCGACUCGAAGCCAUCAAGCUCGCACAGCGGCGCAAGUACUUGGAGCAGCGCGAGGAGAAGCUCAAGAAGCUCGUGGAAUCGUCCAUCAAAGACGAGCAUUUACUGUUUGGGGAUGAAAACCUGACCGAGAAGGAAAGGAAGCAGCUUGAACUGAACGAGACGAUCUUAUCGAUCCAGAAAGCAAAGGCGAAGGGCGACAAAACGAUGGGGUACCAAAUCCCAGAUGCCGCAGACCAAUACGAUGAGAACGGCGAGCGCGUCGUGCCAAAAGACGAGCUGUACGAUGACGACGAGGAAGAGGAAGUCAAGACUGAGCAAGAGCGUUGGGAAGAAACACAGCUGAAGAACGCGCAGCGACAGGGCCUGUACGGUGCGAAGGACCGCGCGCCCGAGGAGACGUACGAAUUUGAAUUUGACGACCAGAUUGAGUUCAUUUCGCAGCGCAUGAUGGCGGGCGAGAACGUGACGGCCGAUGAUAUCAAGGACGCUCGGAAAAAUGCCGAGGAACACAAGCAUCUGGACAUGCAGGAGAGCCGGAAGCGGCUGCCCAUCUACACCUACCGCGACGUCCUGCUGGAAGCCGUGCGCGACCACCAGGUGAUUAUCAUGGUCGGGGAAACAGGUAGUGGCAAGACGACCCAAGUGCCGCAGUACCUCCACGAAGUUGGGUAUUCGCAGGUAGGAAAGAUCGGGUGUACGCAGCCGCGGCGAGUUGCGGCCAUGAGUGUCGCGGCCCGCGUCGCGCAGGAAAUGAAUGUCAAGCUCGGCAACGAAGUCGGGUACAGCAUCCGUUUUGAAGACUGUACGAGCGACAAGACAGUCAUCAAGUACAUGACGGACGGGAUGCUCCUGCGUGAGUUCCUUACCGAGCCCGAUCUUAAAUCGUACUCGGUCAUGAUCAUCGACGAAGCCCACGAACGCACGCUGAGCACGGACAUCUUGUUUGGCCUCAUCAAGGACAUCUCGCGGUACCGCGAAGACCUCAAGAUCAUCAUUGCAUCGGCGACUUUGGACGCGGAGAAAUUUAGCGUCUACUUUGACAACGCGCCGAUCGUCAAAAUCCCCGGGCGGAUGUUUCCCGUCGACAUUUUGUACACGCGGGCGCCGGAGGCCGACUACCUCGACGCUGCGAUCGUGACGGUGCUCCAACUGCACAUCACGCAGCCUCUCGGCGACAUUUUGGUGUUCUUGACGGGCCAAGAAGAGAUUGAAACGGCGGAAGAGAUGCUGCUGUUUCGCACGCGUGGCCUCGGGUCGCGCAUCCGAGAGCUCCUGAUUCGACCAAUCUACUCGACGCUCCCGUCCGAGCGCCAGGCCCAAGUCUUUGAAACAACCCCGCCCAACGCUCGCAAGGUUGUGCUGGGGACGAAUAUCGCCGAGACGUCUCUGACAAUCCCGGGCAUUUGCUACGUAAUCGAUGCUGGGUUUUGCAAGCAAACGAAUUACAACCCGCACACCGGUAUGGAAUCUCUUCUCGUGAUGCCCAUCAGCCAAGCGAUGGCGAACCAACGCGCCGGACGCGCCGGCCGCACCCAGCCCGGCAAGUGCUUUCGCCUGUACACAGCGUGGUCGUACCAACACGAGUUGGACGAGACAACGGUGCCCGAGAUCCAGCGAACCAACUUGACGUCCGUGGUCCUUCUCAUGAAGUCGCUUGGCAUCAACGACUUGCUCCAUUUUGACUUUAUGGACCCGCCGCCAGAAAAGUCGCUCAUUCGCGCGUUGGAACAGUUGUACGCGCUUAGCGCGCUCAACGACCGCGGGGAACUGACAAAGCUCGGGCGGCGCAUGGCCGAGUUUCCACUUGACCCGAUGAUGUCGAAGGCGCUGCUCGCGUCCGAAACGUACGGCGUCGUCGAGCAAGUGCUCACGGUUUGCGCGAUGCUGAGUGUGAACAACACGAUCUUUUACCGCCCCAAAGACAAAGCCGUCCAUGCUGACAACGCGCGGCUCAAUUUUGCGCGCGGUGGCGGCGGUGACCACAUUGCCCUCAUGAACGUGUACAACCAGUGGGCCGAGACGCAGUACUCGACACAAUGGACGUACGAAAACUUUGUCGUAGCAAGGGCGCUCAAGACGGCGCGCGACGUCCGUGACCAACUCGCCGCGCUCUGCGACCGCGUCGAAAUUGAAAAGUCAUCCAACGAACAAAACACGGAAGGCGUCCGCAAAUCCAUUUGCGCCGGGUACUUUUACAACACUGCCAAGCUCGACUCGUCCGGUUCGUACAAAACCAUCAAACAAACGCACACGGUCCACAUCCACCCGUCGUCAGUGCUGGUCAAGCUCGAAGAGAUGCCGCGGUGGGUCGUCUAUCACGAACUCGCGUUCACGUCGAAAGAGUACAUGCGCCAAGUCGUCCCGAUCAAGGGCGAGUGGCUGGUCGAAAUCGCGCCGCAUUACUACAAAGCUCGCGAGGUCGAAGACUCGACCAACAAAAAGAUGCCCAAGCUCGUCGGUCGCGCCUCAUAGACGUUUGAAAGAGACGAUGAACGACAGAGACACUGACUGCAGUCUUCAUCGAGCAAAACGAAAUCGUGUUGUGAGUGGG